UUGAAGCACUUCAUCAACAAGGAUAAGAGCAGUUCUUGCAUACUUUUAUCUGCUUGUUCUUGCUAAAUUGUGAAUUCUGCAUAUAUCUGCUUAAUUCAACUAAGCAUAGAUGGCUCCAGUUGCAGCUGCGAGUGGAAGACCUUGUAAGCAGAAGAAAAUGAUGAAGAUGGGCAUCCGCAAGAUCAAUGUGACCAUGAAAAAGUUAAGAGGGGAAAUGGAAAAGAUAGGCAAGGAGCAAAGCAGUAUAAGGGAGCAGCAAAGGAAAAUAAGAGAAAAGUUGGAAAAAAUUGGGACUGAAUGUGCACAACUUCGAGAGGAAACUGACUUGAUUAUCAAGCAGAAGAAGUGGAAUCAAAUUCUCCUCAAUCUUAUGUGCAAAAUCAUCAAGGCAAGGCAAGACAGAGACUUUGACAAAGCAGCCUCCCUCGCCAGCAUCCUUCGGGACUUAAUAGCGAAGCAAAAGGGAAAAGGCAUGCUUAUGGCUGGCUCUGAAUGCAAGCAAGAUGGGAGUUGCAAAAAUGGCAAACAGGAAGCAUGUUACAACAAAUAAAAAAGCAUUCCCACUCCCAAGUUACAUGUGCUUGUUUUUUGCCAUCGUCUCACUGCAACCAAAAGGAAAGGGGAAAAAAAAGUAUAGUCUAAAUUUCUUACUUCUCUUGUAAGUUUCAUCUUGAUAAAGAUCAGUUUUUGCA